AGCUGCAGCGGCUGUGUUAAAAAAGUCUCAAAAGUCUCAUUGCUAGCGAGUAAGCUCGUAGACAGUGUUAAUGAAUACAUACAGCUUAGUGCAUCUCUACAGCCUGAUCGCGAAGUACACACAUUGACCUGAGCAGAGCGUGCUAUCUACCUACACGAGAUGGCGGAGUGCACGACUCUAGAAAGCCUGUUGGAAAUGGGCUUUGACAGGAACCGAGCAGAGAAGGCUUUGGCACACACUGGGAACCAGGGCAUAGAAAGAGCUAUGGACUGGCUGAUGGAACAUGAGAAUGACCCAGACAUUGAUGAGCCCUAUGUGCCACCUGCGGGGAAUAUUCUGGGAUCAGCCGAGACCGAGUCAAGUCCAACGGAACCAUCCCUGGACCCCACUACAGAAGUGACAGACAGCAUGCAGGAAGGGGAGGGGAAGCGACCACGGACAGAGGAGGACAAAAAGGAACAGAUUAAGCGGCUGGAGGAGCUGAUGAAGGUGAAGCAGGAAGAGAGGAGGGAGCGGGAGAGGCAGGAGGAGGUGGAGAGGGAGAAGCAGAGGCGGAAGCAGGGCCAGGAGUUGCAGCAGGUGCGGCAGAAGCUGCAGGAAGAUGAGAUGAAGAAGCUGGCGGAGCAGCGGAGGAGGGAGAAGAUGGAGGACAGGAUGGCCAAGCAGCGGGUUCGAGAGAAGAUUGCCCGAGACCGAGAGGAGAGGGCACAGAAGUUCGGAGGCGGCUCUGCGGGGGCUGUUUCAUCCUCCCCACCUGCUGAGGCUGUUCCCUCUUCUCCCCCUGGCAACCAGGGACCCCCCCCGGCCAAGAAGGACUACGAUGAGUGUCGAAUACAGGUGCGCCUGUUGGAUGGCUCAGCCUUGACAGCUGUGUUCAAGGCCCAGGAGCCCCUGGCGGCGGUGCGGGUGUACAUACAGAUGAACGCCGCGGACGGACAAGACUUCACCCUACUGUCCCCAUACCCCCGCCGCGUCUACACUGACCUGGACAUGGAGAAACCGCUUCGAGAGCUAGGUCUGGUGCCGUCUGCUGUUCUUGUCGUUACCAAGAAAUGAUAAGGUGGCAGAGAGAGAGCUCUUAGCUCUGGCCUGCUCUGAUCCUGCAGAAGUGCGUGCAACAGCCUUUUGGGGGGAGUGGGAGAGAGACUGAAGGAAUUUGCAUCUGGAUAAGUCCACUUUCUGGUGGAAAUACACCUUGAUUGUAAUUAAUGCAAACAGCCAUGUAGAUUAUUUCACGAAAGUGUCAUUCACCUCUUCAUAAAGUGGUCGAGCUGGGGCGUGGCUUAUUUCACACAUCCCAGCCUCUCACAGCUGAUGCUGUGGAAGUUGCUUUGAUACUAAAACUAUGACUACAGUCAUGAAAGGGGGGAGGGGUACGAAUUGGACGAGAUGAAAUGAUCUGCGGAAGGUGGAUUAGAACACAGCAGUACUUGCUUAAAAUUGACACGGUGAAUGACAUUGUCCUAUGAAAUCUAUCAUUGCUUUGGGAUUCCACAGUAGGAACAUUACAACCAUCCUCACAGAAGGAAAGAGGGAGGAGUUUGAGCAGCAGUAUGGAGAAACUGGGAGAGAGGGGCUAAGAACAUCAUUAAUAGUAACCUUUUGUUUAUUUGCUCUGUUGAAUAUUAAAAACUGUGUUCAAAUCCUGCUGA